UGUGUCAAAGUCUAAAAUGGUGGUUCAUCAGAGUUCAAAAGAUAAACUAAAAACAUUGGGUUUAGUGUAAAUAAAAAAUGUUUUUCCCUAGAUUUAAGGUGUUUUGCCCUUAGGAUUGAAUUAGUCUAACUGAAAAGUGAAUCAAGUAAUCCUAUGGAAGGAUUUCCGAAUUAGGCCAAUUAGUAAACUGUUUUUGUGGGACUUCAUUCAUGAAAUGAUCCUAAACAUGCCAAUUAACAUCCUUAUCUUCACAACUUUCAUUUAAUAAAUUUUAAUGUAAUAUAAUAAUCGUUACUAUCGUCUGUUUAGUCAUUUGUUUAUGACAUUCCAUUAUUUUAAAAUGGAUAAUAUGAGAUAAGUUUUUAAAAACAUGGAGGAUGGUGGCACAGUAACUCCUCAAACGUCUGGUAGUGACAUAACUAGUGAAAAAAUGGUGGCUCCUAGUACAAGCAAUGCUGCUAGAAGGGCAAUGCUGGAAGAACGUAAAAGGGAUAUUGAAGCUAUGUUGGCAAAAUAUCAUCUAGAACUGAAAAAAUUAUGUAUUCAGGAAGCAGAAUUAACUGGGGUAAUGCCACAAGAAAUGCCUGUAGAGAUUGGUGAAAUACCUCCAACAAUAAGAAGGAAAGUAGGAACUGCCUAUCAACUAAAUGAAAAGUUGUUGAAUCUGAGUAUUAAAGAAUCUAGUAGGGAACAAUUAAUAGCUGAUUUAGAGUUAAGGAUUCAGGUACAUAUUAACUUGAUGAAUGCAGCUUUAGGAUUAUCAAUGGAGGGAAAUAUCAGUAAGACUGUCAAAAGGCAGCAUGCCAAAGAAUAUAUUAAGUAUAAGGAACAAGUAAGACAGCUUGAAGAGCAAUUAAUACAACUAAAGGAAAAGGCAGCAUUAGAAGUGAAACAAAAGAAGAAAUCAAGAGUUCCUGAACCUCAUGAUGAUGCAGUAAGUGUGGAUGAAUCUGAACAGUGUCAAACCCAAUCACCCAUGGAUCAACACUUUCAGCAAAUGAGGCAGCCACAUCUAACCAGGCUUAGUCCUGCCGAAACUUAUCCAGAGGCCAGAUAUCAAAACAAUACACAUAUGUUCCAUAGAUCCCGAGAAAAUCAUAUUCCUAAUUCAUUAUUCCCCAGACCUGAAUUUGUUAACUCAGGAAACUCAAUAUAUCAGCUUAAUAAUACUGAUUUGAUGACUUAUUUUGGAAGGCAUGAUAAUAUGCCAGAAAAUGUUUAUCGCGGCAGUCUUCAGCUUCCCCACUCUGUGUCUCCAGGUUACACUGAACAAUAUUAUACUCAACCUACCAACAGACAUAUGCCUGUCCUUGGCCAUCCUAUAUUGGCAAGAAAUCAAUAUUCCCCAUACUACAAUGAACCAAAUCAAUCUCAAGAUUAUAGAUUGAGUGCUAAUCCUGACGAUUAUUCUCCCACUGCUUCUAUCUCAGGAUUGACGUCCAGACAGAGCUCUGGCUCUCAACAUAGUCCUCUAGCUCAAACGUGUAAUCUGUCGUUAAAUACUACUCCAAGACACUCUAGGGUUUUACCAUCAGGUGCUAUUGAUCCUGGCAAAUUGGUACAUUUAUAUCCACACCCUGAAAACAUGCAAGGGCCAGGUUUACAUUACCCUCAUUAUCAAGUGGAUGAAGGUAUUACUGAUUAUAGAAAUAAUAGAAUUAACCCACACAACCAGACGGAGCCCACUUUUGGUACGCCAAGAAAUACUAAUACUUUCGACAGACAUUCGAACCUCGUUACUAUUCAGCCUCAUCAACAGUACGAGAAUAAUGGAAUGUCGGAUAUUCAUGGAAGGUUAGAGGCAUCCUCUAUUGCUGGCACUUUGUGGACUAGCCAAUGUGACAAAAGAUUUGGCAGCUUAGACAGAAGGCGUGCGAUUACCAAAAAAGAGGUUUUUGACGAAAUAACAAAUCAAGCUCGUCCUGAUGAGGAAAAUGGAUUCCGCAAGCCGGUAUUGCAUCCUCUUAAGAGGCAUAUCGAUGGUAGAGCAUUGGUUAGGACCCAAUCUCUAGGCAGUGUUGGGCUAAAUACAGAGAAUAUUUAUCACCCAAGCGAUGAUACUGUGUCUUCAUGCGAUGGAGAAAGAAGACCAAGGCCAAUUUUAAAAAGGAAAGAAAAAGAUUGGGUGGAAACCUCUUUGGACGGCCCUCUAAACGAAUGUCAACCCUUAAGCCGAUCUCAAUCCACCGUUCCCCCUACUUUUCUGCCAGACCAAGCCUUUACAGCUAUGAGGACAUCUCCGGAACAUUCCGCCGAUUCUCCUUGUUCUAAUGAGAAGUUUCAAGUAAAUAACUAUGGGUAUAGACACAGUCCUGUAUCUCCGAAGCCACUUUUAGAAAUUCCAGCCGAAUCCAAUCCGAGCCCGAGAGUAUCGGAACAAUUAAACAUAGAGAUGUUAAACAAUAAUAUUCCUAAAAACUGUAUGAUGGUACAACAAGGCAUCAUAAAGCCAUAUCACGAAGAAACAAAGCCUUUUGAAAUGAGCGAUUUUUACAAGUACUCAACGAAAUUCAAGAAAAGUCCCCAAAAGGAGGCUACUGAAAGGUCCAGCAAUUUAAGCCUGUCACCCAGAGGAGCUGCUUGUAGUAGGAACUUGACUGGUAAUUGGCAAAGUUGGGAAACUUCACAGAAUGGAGUGCCUGAUUCACCCAAUGACAAUAUCACACUCGAUUCUCACAGGAGGAUGAGCAGUAGCUUAAACUCAAGUGAGGACCAGAGAUACGCCGAAGUACCAACUGUUUCUCAGAGGUACCCCGGAGACAUAAACAACUGGUUACAGCAUCAAGAAAAUAACAAUCGUCCUAGCCAAUCGGGUAACCGAUCAAGUUCCAAUGCUACUUUAGUAUAGGAAGUUUUACACCAAGCUAAUCGACCAAAUUAGCAAUAUCAGAAAGAUUGUUUUUAUUCAAAUUAUAGAGCGUUCUGUAUACGCAUUAGAGGUAAGGAUCACAAAGGAGAAGCGCAAAACAAGGAUAAUAUUAUACUGCAAAUAUCAUGAACAGUAAAAUAGUGUAAAAUGAUUAGAAUUCAUUGGAAAAUAACUGACUUUGUAAAUUUCAUAUUUAAAAACAAGAUUGUAGCUUCUUGUUUGAAUCUUUUAUAUGUUCUAAUUUUUUAUUGUUCUCAUUUUAAUGCGGUGGUUUAGUUAUUAGAGUUUAACAAAUGUGUACAUAUUAUAGUCCUUGUUUUCCACUUACUCUUUCAAUUCCUUUGUCACAGAAGUUUUUAAUUGCUGAUUUAUGACAAUAUUGAUCAUGAAAAAAGUGGCAGUGGUAUCGAAACAUAAACAGCUAUGUAGUAAGUUAUUUGUUAGGUUACUUUUUUUGGAAAACGGCUGUUUUAAAUUUAAAGACUGUUAUUUAUACCUUAUCGAUAUUUCUGUUGAUACUAUUUUUGAUUAAAGAAAUCAUAAAAUAUGAAACAAAUAUGUGGCCUUUAAGAUUGUUAUAUUAUAUGUUUUGUUAUUUAAAACUUCUAGUGGGCUUAUACCUUGUCUAAAUAGUCAUGUUGGUUUUACAAAUUGUGAAAUUAUCACAGAUAAUUUUGAACAAAACGUUUGUUUAAUAUUAUUGAAACUGUUAAUAAUAAUUUAAAAUGUUAGUGCUCAGUUAUAUGCAGUAUUUCACCAUUUGAGUACAUUUGUUUCGUUGGAUAUUUUAAAU